CCCAACCUUAUAUCUCCAGCAAUUCUAGUAGUUCACAUCUAUUUGUCAUCUAAUGCCGAAGCAUAGUACUGAGUGCGGAAGAUCGGUGCCACUGCGAGGAACAAAACAAAUGGACCGAAUCAUGUUUGACCAUAACUCAGCCGCAAUUUAUUAUGCUUUGAUCGCGAUUCAAUGGAGGAUGACAGUUUUGGGCGCCGGCUGUCCUCCCUGACAGCUGCAUUAUCCUGCUAUCCUUGAGCCCAAAGGCCAUACAACACAUCAAAACAUGUCAUUAGAAGUUCAGCAUGAGCAGGAACGACGGCGAUUGAUGGCAGAGUCCCCGGCGCGUGGCAGGCCAGAAGCUGCGGGGCCACCGCGGGGCGUAGCGAAGCCCCGCUUCUCGCGCCAGCCCCUGGCGCGGCUUGAACCCAUCCAGCUGUGCCAGCUGCGACUGGGCUACGUGCACACUGACAAGUACGUGCUGUGCCGUACACUGGUGACGCCGUACAAGCUGCGUGCCGUGGCCACCGUGGUCACGGACUGCCCGGCGGCGGCGAGCAGCGAUGGGGACGACAACAGCAAACCUGCAGCAAGCCAGAUGCGCCUACUGGUUCACAACCUCAAUGCGCCCAUGGAGAUCAUGACAGACCAUACCGGUGCAGCAUCACGGCCUCAUCACGGCCUGCCGCCUGGCACAGUGCUGGCCAUCAAAGAGCCCUACCUGGCGGCGGCGGGCUCCUGCCCAGGCGGCAGCGGCCUGCUUGGAGCAGCGUCAGUGGCAGGGGGUCACGUGGGCGGUGACCCCGACUCCCAGCCCUUCCUGCGUGUAGACAGCCCCAUGGACCUGUUGGUCAUCUCCGACCCCCGCCACCCGCUGGUCGCCGGCACGGCCUGGGAGGAGGACGUGAGGGCUGCAGCCGCGGCGGCGGCGGCAGAGGUGGGCAGUGGCUGCGGCGGCGGCGCAUCGCGGCAGCCGCUGCAGCUGACAGCAGGAGCCACGGCGGGCGUCAAAGCUGGAGACGCUGACGGCGCGGUGCGGUGGCAGUCGCAGGGCAAUGCGCUAUUCGGGUCGGGUCACUUCGUGGACGCACUCCACGCCUACCAUCAGGGAUUGGUGGCGUUGCAGCAGGCGGGACAGGCACAGCUGGCGAGCGAGCAGCAGGCGGCAUUGGCGAAGCGGACGGCGGUACUGCUCAACAACUCGGCGGCGGCGUGCCUGGGCUUUGGCGCGCACGAGUCUGCCCGUGCCUACGCCCAACUCGCCCUGCGGCGGACGCUGGGUGAUGCGACCACACUACUCCACCUAGCAAAGGCGCUGGAUGGGCUGGGCAGGUACUCGGAGGCGGCUGACGCGUGUCAAGACCACGUGAACGCACUUGCGCGCCAGCUGCAGAGCAGCAACAGCAACAGCAGCAGCAGUGGGCUUGGACUCGCAGUCACGGCUGCUUUCACUGACGGCCAGCGCUUCCUGCAGUCUCUGCGGCAGCGGGCGGCGGAGGCUGAGCGGGGCGAGUACAACGAGGCGGGCAUGGCGCGGGAGGCGGCGGCCAGCACCACGCCGCGACUGGAGGGGCACGCCGACUUCAUUGGGCCCGUGCAGGUGGCGGACGCGGGAGAGGGCCGCGGCCGGGGCCUGUACAUGACAGCACCGGUGCGGGCGGGUCAGCUGCUGCUGGCGAUGCGCGCGGACGUUGCGAGCUUUGCGGCUGAUAUGGACACCUCGACUAUGUGUUGUGAUGAGCGGGCGGCGGCGGACGUGGCAGCACUGGGGGCUGCAAGCGCACAGCUGAAGUGGGACCUUCCGCCAGCAGUGCUCGGGUGCGGCCGCCUGGCGGCGCGCUUGGCGCAUCUACAUACCGGCGGCCGGACACGUGUGCCGCCCGUGCCGCCAGCAGCAGAAUGCGGCUUCGUGCCGACGUGGCGCCCGGUGGCAGUGGCAGGUGCAGGCGCGGGUGCUGCACUUGGCGCAUCUGGGUUAGCGACGGCACAGACGGACGGAGGCGCAGCGGAGGGCAGCAGUGAUAGCCGUGGGGAGGAGGCCGUAGCAGCGGCGAGGGCGUUCGAGCUGGCAGUGCAGGGCGGCGCUGCUGGCAGGGCGGCACAGGGCGGCCCGCCGCCGAGCGCUGUCCAGCUGGGUCUCCUAAAGGCCCCACCAAAGGGCUCGCGGGUGCGAGUGGAUGUGGAGCAGCUCGCACGCCUGUGUGUUGCCAACGGCUUUGCCUUCGACCAGCUGCUGCCGCUACACGUCGCGGCGCCUGCUCCUGCUCCUGUUGCCUCGGGCCCUGGUGCCGCCGUCAGUCUGGAGGGAGGGCACGACAGCUGCCAGCGGGCCGGCGGCGACCAGGUCAAUGAUGGCGGCGACGGCAGUGCCGGCAAACCCACGGCCACGGGCCUGUGGGGCCUGGCAUCGUACUUCAACCACGCAUGUGUCGCGAACGCACACAGGUACUUCCUGGGUGACUUUCUGUUCGUGCGCGCCUCGCGAGACCUGCCCGCCGGCGCGGAGGUCACCAUCACCUAUCUCAACCCGACGCUGACGUGGGAGCAGCGCAGCGCCAAACUGCUACGGCGCGGCUUUGCCUGCGGCUGCGAGCUAUGCAUGGAUGAAACGGAGUGGCGCCGCGGCCACCCUGACGAGUCCCAGCAGUUGGAAGAGCUGCUGGCACGCGUCGAGCGCCUGUGCGCAGAGGCGGCAGCGGCGUGUCCUGUGGCGGAGGGCGCCAUCGGACCGGAUCCCGCGCACGCUGCCGUUGCUGGCGAGGCUGCUGUGGCCGCCCCUGCCGACCACAGCCCUGCGGCAGCUACCACAGUUUGCCGGCAGGAGCAGGAGCAGCGAGCGCAAGAGCCGUGGGUGGCCCGCGCACGUGGAGUGCUGGAGGAGCUGGCUGGAGCGGCAUUGCGCGGCCGUGGCUGGCGCUCGACACUGGUUGGGCCGUCCAGCCGGCUGGCGAGGGUGCUGCGGGCCUGCGGGGACCUCUGUGCAGCGGCGCGGGCCCGGGAGCUUGCCUUCCGCUCGCUGUGCCACCGCCCUGGCGCCCGAUCCCAACAGCCCGGGGCGCAGCAGCUGGAGGCCCAGGCUGAGGCCGGACGCGGGGCGGCAAGUGAAACUGCUGCUGUCGGACUAAUGCCAGGUGCUGCCGCAGCAGGCGCGGGCUCUGUAGCUACGUCGCCGGCUGCUGGGCAAGCACUUGCGGGAGCUGAAGUUACAGCCGCUGAUGGCAGCGAGCGCGUCCUCUCGCCCGAGGCAGCGGUGCAGGCGGCCACGGAUGUCGCGGCCGCGUGGAGGCAGGCGGCAGGCGCUGGCUCCCUUCAACAGCACCAGCGGGGAGAGGAGGAGCGGGAAGCGGCGAGGCAGCGGGCGCGGCUGUGGGAGGCGACGGCGCGGGGACUGUGGGCCCACUACUUCGGUGGGAACCAGGAAUUGUUCGAGGCACGGUUUGGAGAGGCGCUGGAGCUCAACACUGGAGUGGCUGGUGAUGGGGUGGCGCACAAUUACACUGGGUGGCUGCCUUCUCAAAUAUGAAGUCGUUUCCUUCAAGCAAAUAGUUUGGGCUGGCAAAACUUUAGCAUCUGUCGCGGACGGCUUUCUUGCCUGUUACCCGUGAAGCUGCAUGGAGGUACCCGUGACGGAUCUCGCACGAGUU